AUGGGUUAUUCUGGAAAAACAGAAAGCAAGUCACCUAUCAAAACACUUACAAUCAUAACAAAUCAUGCUAGUUGCAGUGAAGCUGAAUAUCAGCUAGAUAAAUUCUGGAAGCUAGAAGAAAUUACAGAAGCAAAGUCCUAUUCAGAGGAAGAAAUUGCAUGCGAAAAUCAUUUGAAAGAAACAUUUUCUCGAGACUCCACUGGCAGAAUUGCUGUCAAAUUUCCCUUUCGUGAAUCAUCUGAAAAACUUGGUUCAUCAAGGAAUUUUGCUAUUCAUCGUUUGCAACGUAGGUUUGUCAAAAAUCAGUCACUUUCUAUGCAGUAUCAUAAAUUCAUGCAAGAGUAUUUAGAUCUCGGACACAUGGAAUUAAUACCAGAAACGGACAUUGACAUUCCAGCCACAUCUAGUUUUUAUCUCCCUCAUCACCCAGUUCCAAACAAAAUCGGGGAUAAAUUCCGUGUUGUUUUCGAUGGUUCUGCAAAAUCUUCAACUGGUGUUUCACUUAAUGACAAAUUGAUGGUAGGACCGCAGUUGCAAGAUGACUUAACAACAUUGCUCAUAAGAUUUAGAACACAUAAAAUUGCUCUAACAGCAGACAUUGAGAAAAUGUACAGACAGGUUAUUUUGAAGGACUCUGACUUUCAAAGAAUCGUAUGGCGUAACUCACCUUUUGAGCCUAUUCAAGAUUAUCGACUCACUAGAAUCGCCUACGGCACAGCUUCCACGCCUUAUCUUGCUACAAAAUGUCUUCAACAACUAGCAGCAGAAGAAGCAGAUAAUUUUCCUUUGGCCUCCAAUGCAAUCAUGAAAGACUUUUACGUCGACGAUUUAAUGUCUGGAGCUGAGACACUCAGUAAAGCUCAUGAAUUACAAACACAAUUAAUGCAAAUGUUAUCAAGCGCAGGAUUCAGUCUGAGGAAAUGGGCAUCAAAAAGCAAUGAAUUUCUGAAGACAAUUGAUGCAGACUUGUGCUUGAAAAAUACAUCCCUUGACCUAGACAGUGAAAAUAUCAUAAAGACCUUAGGUGUUCUUUGGAACCCAGCAGACGAUGUGUUCCUUUUCAAGAUUACUCCAACAUCCUUUGAAGGUACCUUGACAAAACGCCUACUUCUUUCCACUAUUGCCAGAACAUUCGACCCUCUAGGUUGGUUGGCACCUAUUACAAUUAAAUGCAAGCUAAUUAUGCAAGAACUGUGGAAGCAUAAAUUGCAGUGGGAUGAAACGAUCUCUCCAAACAUCUCACAAGAGUGGACAAAGCUUGCAGAAGAUAUGAUGCUCGUAAAAGACAUCAAAAUACCAAGACUCUUGUCACCUAACAAGUAA